ACCAAAUCUCAGUUGACACGCACGUGUGAGAGGAAGUCAGCACACACUCAUCGCAGAGAGGAAGAAAGACAGACAGCGGGCAGGGUUCCCCAUCAAGGUAGGAAACAAGGCAAGGCUGCCACCCUCCCUCAAUGACUGACGUACACUCACUUCAACCGACUUGCCAACUCCACCACCACUCAGCCUCUGAUGAGCCCACUGCCCCCCCGUCAAGGUCGUUGAAGGGCUCGGCCGACAGCGGCUGAAAGUCGCCGCUCCUGUCGAUGUAACCCAGGUGCUGCCACUCGAACAGGCAAUCGCAGUCGCCGAGGUGGGUGUUGAAGCCCUUCUCCACACCCUCCAGCUGAUACAUUGCCACCUCGUCCAGGCGGGCACGGUGCACCACCUCCCUGAGGCCGAGACGCCGCGGCUUGCUCACCACGUGAGGCGGACGGCUGUCGGCCCCGUCGGCGAGAGCGAAGCACUGCAGGGGCGGCACGGACACCUUGCUGCGUUUCGCCCCCUGCUCAUCCUCCCCCUCUGUGUCUUGCUGCUGCUGCUGCUGCUGCACUGGCCGUGUCCCUCCGACCACCUCGUUGUUGCUGGCCGCUUGUGUGACGGCUGAUACGAUGAACUGCCGCAUGGCCGCGUGCAGGCGGCCGCCCAGCACGCUGUGGGCCCGCAGCUUGACGGCCGAGAGGGCGUCGUAUGCCUCUCGCUUGUCCCAGCACAUGGCGGCGAUGUGCCAGGCGAUGCUCUCUGCCUCGUUGUCGCCGAAGGACAUGCCAGAAGGGGCGGGGUGGGGGUGGGCGCCGUCAUGGUGGGGUGCGACGGGCAGCAGGUGGGUCAGCAGGACCGCCAGUGCGCGGUGUGGCCGCAGGGCUCCGUUGAUGGCAACCAUGACGUCGUACCGCAGCUUAUUCAGCACCUUGACGUACUCCUUCAGGACCCGCUGACGACGAACAAGGCCUAAGACGGGGUAUGCCCCUAUCAUUGAGAUGUCAGCGCCCGCUCGCAGGAGGGAAUGGACGAUGAGCGUGUAGUUCUUGAUCUUGACUCGACACUCCUCCUUGUUUGUCCCCCUCCGUCGAAGCUGUCGGCUUUGGCUGACAAGCUCCUCGGCAGCCAGGUAGAGGGGUGUGGCGGUGUGGUGGCCGCACGGUCUGUUGAUGUCCUCGACGUCAGGCACUUCGCGGCAGAGGUAGUCGGCCACAUAGGGAGAGCCAUAUUGUGCCGACAAGUGCAGUGGCGUGUCUGAGAGACCGUCGCCCGCUGGCGUAACGUCGACUCCGUAUUGCGUCAUGAGAUCCAGGUAGCCGUUGAUGAAUUCUGGCGUAUACUGGCCCUGUGCCCGCUCGGCCGCGGCCCCGACCAGCUGUCUGCCGAGCCUGUGUGCUUGAUCAGUGGCGAACUCGCUGGAGCUGUGUUGGAUGAGGGUGCGGUACGUGAGCAGCAGCCUCUUCUGGUACUCAGUGGGGGGCGGGCGCAGCGGCCGCGGCAGCUCCAUCACCUCGGGCACGUACACGACAGAAAGAUCCAAUCGCCACACCAGCAGCCUGAAGGCGUCCGUAUUGCCAGAUGCCACCGCCAUCCACGUGGGCGUGGUCCACUCGAAGACCUCUGUGGCGUCGCUGCCCCUGCCUCCGUCGAUGAGGGCGUUGAGGAUGCCUCGCUGCAGCCCUCUGGGCCAACGUGGCAGAGCGACGGGACAAUAACCAGUCUCGAUGGUUUGGAUGGUGUAGUCGCUCCUGUCGUCGAUGCACAGGACCAGCAUCGAGUACUUGCGGCCGCGGCUGAAGCUGCCCUUGCGGCGCAGGCGAGGCUUGACAUGGGGAUCGGCGCCCUGCUUGAUGAGCCGGGUCACUUGGCGUUUGCUGGUGAAGCUGCGGCGGAGGGUUCGCCAGACGAGCUCCUUGGUGGCCUCAUUGGUGGUCCUGGGGACCACAGCCUCGAGGUCAUCGACGCCUAUACAGCCCACCGGCACAGCACCUGAAGUGAAAGGAAGGCAACACAACACAUCAGCACAACACUUUGUCCGAUGCUGUUUUGUUCGUUCUCACCGCCAGCCUCAUUGCUGUCCAUCGUGUCCUGCGCCCCUCGGUCUAGUGGCGCUUGUUUGCAGAGGCAGGCCAGAUCUUCGUGCCGUUGUGGCCGUAUGUAUCGGCUUACGUAUCAGAUCUCUGCAGACACACAAGCGGCGCGGCGUGUGAACCCUGGGACUGUCACUGCUGUCGCUCGUGAGCUCACCACAAGAGCACUUUGGACACUGCUGGAGAGGAAUACCGCCCUUCUUGUAACGGAUCAACCCAAUAAGCUUUACUCACCCAUUUCCUCGCC